AUGGAUAACUUGCUGGCAACGCCGCUAGAAAAAACUGAAAUCGACGAGUUGCUCUCGUUGUUCCCCGACUUCGCUGGCACCGUGCCAGAGGAGGCACGUUUCUGGAAGAAGUCUGACCUGGAGCUCUUUAUCGCAAGCAAUGGCCAGCUGAAGCCCAAGGAGAACGAGGCCGCGAAAUCCAAGAGCUGCCCGCUGCUUUCGAGAGCUCGACAGCGCCUUGCAGAGCUAAAGAUCGGCGAGGCCUCGGCAGAGUACCUCUCUUGGACCCGUCACCGGCAGCGAACACUGCAGCAGUUGCCAGGACUGGAGAGGCCCUGCACACCUGUGCAGACUGCCACACAGGCACCUGCAGUUCCAAAGGUGCCUGUCGUUGUCUCAGCGAAAAGCUGGUGUGGCAGCUCUUGGGACAUGGACUUUUGGAAGGCACUCGGCCAUAAUAUGUGGUGGACGUGUCGCUCGCGCUCCCCGGCCUUUGAACAUGACCGGAAAGCUGCAGACCGCGUUGAUGUUGAAGCAUCACCGCCAGAGUACAUCGAGUACGCUCGGCUUCUUCAUUCCAUGGAUCCUGACUGUCUGGAAGACAAUGCGCUGGCCUUCCCACGCAUCGUCAUGGACGGCUGGUGUCCCUUCAUCAGCACGGAGGGCGGUGCUCUUCUGGCGAAGCACUGGCGUGAACUGACGCCGGCUGGGGUGAAGGACAUGUCGCCGAAGUGGAUUAAGAUCUUCACCACUGUCUUCACCAUGGACUUCAUGGACUUCUUUGCCCGAUUCUACAAGCUGGCAUUGGGAGCUCCAGGAAGCAUCAGCCGACUGCACCGAUCGAAUAACGGCGCGCAUGUCUGGCACCGGCAAAUACAGGGCCGGCGCCUCUUCUUCCUCUUCCCUCCCCAGGACACAGCCAACCUCUCUGAGGAAGAGGGCGCUGCAGUUGAUCAUCUGGAAGGCUAUGCAGCUUCAGUGAGCUCUGUUGACAUCUUCUACCCAAGCGGCAAGAGGCAUGCAGCCUUUGCGAAGGCCUCUGCGCAGUCCGUCGUGCUUCAUCCCGGAGAAUCGUUGAUCAUCCCAAACGGAUGGUGGCACUACGCAGUUCACCUGGAGCCGUCUGUCACGUUGCACCACCCAUUCUGGGGGAUUCAGAACCGAUCUCACUUCUCCGAAGAGUUGCGCGAGGCUUUCAUUGCCAGCAAGAUGCCGCCGGAGCUUCGCGAGGUUGCUGCAAGGAACAUCUCGCAAAUCCAUGAGCGCAUCAUGGAGGACGAUGAUGACGAUUCCGACUAUGAGGUGCUAGAGCUCUUCGUGAGCGGUGAGCCCUCCUUGGAGGCCUUGGGCAGCGUGGACGUGGAAGGCGGGGCGCAGCUGCAGCGCUUCGACCGAGCCUCCCAGCGAUGGCUGGCGCUCACCUUCGAUGGGCGGCUCGUUCACACCACAAAGGACCUGAGCCAGCUAAGACCCUUAGAGGUGCAGGACCUGGGCAUUGACUUCGUGGUGGGCCCAAGCUCGAAUCGCGAGGUCUUGGCAGAAGCCAUGGCUUCCAAAUUGGUUUUAGAUGGGUUUUGUGUCAGCCAGACACUGGAUAAGAGAACGGAGAUCUCGGAGAUGCUGAGCGCCACCGAGGCGCAUGUCAGCUUCUCUCGAAUUCCAGCCGAAUUCGAGCCCUACUAUAUGGGCCUGGAAAGCAAGGAGAGACAUGCCUUGAUAGAUUUCGAAGAGUGCUCCGAUGAAUUAACACGGAUCUUUAGCGAUGCAGACACGAGACUCACGCGCCUUGGUGACAGCGUCUCGGUGGCUUUGAGGGAGAAGCUCGGGACCCGGAUAACCGGAAGAACCAAUUUGAUGGUCCGGCAGAGCUUCUCCAACUCGGAGGAGGAGGCAAAGUGUCAGCCGGUGGACCAUCCGGGCAGCAGUGAGCGGGAGAUGUUCAUGAGCCUGGUCAAGCGGCGGAGAGUCUGUGUGAUGCACUUUCUGGGGCCUCGCACUGGCAAGCUCAGACUGAUCUCCCGGCACGGAGGUCAGGAGGUUGAGAUCGAGGCCUCGCCCGGCAAGAUGGUCCUCUUCAUGACCGAGCGCUUCCAGUACAGCCACACAUGCGAGGGUAGAACAACAACCCUCCAAACUUGGUUGCUGGGCCAACGGCCAGAGUACUACAUGCAGAGCUUCGGAGGCGACCUGUCGGUCCUGGCGCCCAUCGCUGAGAAGGGGAUAGAUCCUCCGAAGGGUGAAGGUGUGGUGGUCACGGGCGUGGCAACUCAGAUUGGUGGUGACUCAAAGGACCACAAAUGCUACUGGCUGAUGUUCAACAAGGCUGGUACGGACACUGCCGUUUCGACGCCGAUUACACGCUACGACAUCUCCGACUACUGUUUUGAUGGGUCAAUGCAAGAAGCUCAGCAAGCCGGCAAGUCCUACACGCCCCACCAGGCACGCUGUAGAGACGGAGCUAUGAGGGCCUGGAUGCAGCGGCGGUGCUUCAGCACAAAACUUUUCAUGGCCCGGCUGGGGCCGCUCUUGGGACAAAGAAGCAGUCGCUGGUGGCAGAGACUGGAGCGGAGCUCGGUCACCGCGUCCAGAGGCCAAGACGGGGCCUCCGAGAUCUCGUCCUUUGCUCUGCGCCUGGAGUGGGAGGUGCUUGGGCCAGAGGUUGGCCCCAUCCAAACCGUGGUGACCCCAAGAGGUCAGCUCAGCCGCGAUGCUGCCAGACCCUUGGCCUUUGCCAUCGCCCAACGCGGCAAGCGGGUGCUGCUUUGGGAUCGCCGCUGCACGGGAAACUCCAGUGCUUGGGCGUCCUGGGAGGAGUCCCUACCAGAACAGGAGGUGCAGGACCUAAUGCUCUCUGCAUUGUUUGCUGCUCGCCAUCCCCAGCGCGUCUUGAGUUUAGUCCUUCUGCCUACGGGUGACUUCCAUGGCGCUGCCUCCAUCUUGGGCCGUGCCUACUAUGGUGACUGUGCCGACACGGCAGAAGCCGGUGGCAUGGAGGCGCUUGUCGCAGCAGAAGGCAGCCACUUUCAGGCCUUGGCCAAGAAUUCUUCAAGGGCACGUGACGAGUUGCUCGGUGCCGAUCCGAAGGACUUCAUCUUAGCCAUGCGCAGGUCACAAGCCUUCCUCGACGGCUUCAAGGGGAGCAACCUUUUGGGCCUUCACGCCUCGGAGCUCGCAGGGCUUCAAAGACCAGCUCUGGUGCUCCACCACGGCCUGGAGGAUGAUCGCCUUCAUGCUCUGGAAGAUGCGAUUGCUUUAUCCGAGCAGCUCUCUUCUGGAAGGCUUUUGGUGGAGCCAGUGUACGACAGCCAGACUCACCCAAAGCGAUGCGGCGACUCCGAAUCUGCACUGCGUCGACUGGCAUGCGGGGAGAAGGGAUACGUGGACGGCAUCGAGUUCUUCGACGCCAAGUUUUUUGGAAUUUCAUCGAUGGAGGCCGAGUCGAUGGACCCGAACCAGCGCAAGACACGGAGCAGCAAGUUCAGACCGAGUGACGUGCAAGACAUCACUGAGCUUGAGAGUGUACCCUUCCCGGCUCUUGCAGCCCCUGCAUCGCAUUUUCUCCUCGUCUCAGUUGUGCUCGGUUUGUUGAACGUGGUAGUGCGCCAUGGGGACUUUGCGACUUCAAAAUGUGGCAGUGGAGGUGCAGCUCCAGGAAAAAGGAGUGCCGGGUUCCAAUGCCAGGGCCAAAUGGAAGCACUGGGGCGCAAGGUGGGCCCGGGAAGCCGAAGUUCGAAUUCAGCCCAGGUAGCAAGACAAAAGGUCCAGGAAGUUCAAUCACUGCGUGAAGCCUGGGAGUUUGCGAUCUCUUUCAAGGCCUAUGCCCAGCUAAGCCAUUGGCGCUUUGCGGCAUGCUUGCUUACUCGAAUGCCACAGCUUCGUGUUGAUCCCGAUCCAGUUUGCUUCCGGACAGUUGCCGACGGCUGCACCAACGUCAGUGUCUGGACGGCAUCCCUUGCGACACUGGAUUUCAUGGAGGCAGGUAGCGGAAGCGGCAGCGUAUCAGCGGACCAGGCGAGCGCCAAGUCGGCCAUGCGAGCAUGGCGAGCAUCGGGUCGAUGGAGCCAGGUGCAGCAACUUCUUGCCGAAGUCUGCCAGGCUUCUUUGCAACUGGACGUCAGGGCCUGCAACACUGCGCUCGAUGCGGCUGGUAGCAGCCAGUGGAAGGAAGCCAGGAUGUUGCUGCAGAGCCUCCAAUUCAAGAGCCUCGAGCCCAGCCAGGUCUCCUACAACUCGCUCUGUCGAGCUCUUGGUGGCAAAGGUUUUUGGCAGCUUGCCAUGUGCGACAUGGAGAACAGUGGAAGCGAGUGCUUGAGGAUGGACGUGAUUGGGCUAAACACGCUGCUAGCGAGCUUCACAGACCCGGGCUUGUGGAGUCGCAGCCUCCACGAGCUGACACGGACCCCGGUGACGUUGGACAGUGUCAGCUACAACUCCGCAGCCUCGGCAGCGGUGCAAGGGAGGUGGCCUACUGCUGUGCAGCUACUCUCCACGAUCAACAGCUCGGCGCUCUGUCCGGAUUCCUUCACGGUGAACUUGUUGAUCAGAGCCAGUUCCGAGUCAAGCUGGAGUUCGGCCUUCUCAGCCUUGCAGCUCGUCGCGGAGACGCAGCUCCGGCCCGGAUCUAUGGCGUACCUGGCGGCUCUUCAUGCAUGCAGGACUGACCCCUCCUGGUCUGCCGCGCUUAUGCUGCUGGAGCGAUGGACCUGGAAACCCUCUGCUGAUGCUUGCCUCUUGCAGGCACGCAGUGCAUUCGACAGAAUGGGAAGCUGGAGACCAGCACUGCUCCAGCAAGGGACACUCCGGUGGCAGCUGGCCUUGGUUUCUCUUGAAAGCAGGCAGGACUACAACGAGGCGAUCAUGGCCUGUGAAGACAAGAGAUGGGAAGCUGCGAUGGGUCUGCUGAAGGCGUUGAAGGCCCAUCUGGUUCCGGACUUGGUCAGCUACAAUGCGCUGCUGGCAUCCACGCACUGGCGUUUGUGCAUGGAGAUCCUUAGCCAGAUUCGACCAGAUGUUGUGAGCUUCACCGCGGCCAUCAACUCAUGCGAUAGCUUUGCUUGGAAUCAGUCAGUGGCGUUGCUCAGAAGGAUUUCAGGAAUGUCCCUGCGUCUGGACACUGUGAGCUGUAAUGCCGGCUUGACUGCCUGUGGUUCCUCGCUUGGCUGGACGGGCUCAAUCUUGAUGCUGCAAACGCUGGCGGACAGUUUACUGGAGACAGAUCGUGUCAGCUGUCACAGCUCUGUGACAGUGUGUGGCUCGGCUACACACUGGCGAAAGGGGAUCUUGCUCUUUGAGCUGAUGAAGGGACACUGGUUGCCGUACGACGAGGUGAGCUACAAUGCUGUGCUAGGUGCCUGUGCUGAUGGCCAGUUUCACAAUGACUCCAGGCGUGCUGACAUGCUUCUUGCUGACUCACUCGAGCGUUGGACCUUGGAAGUGUCGUACGAAGUCGUCAAUAUGGCUGGCUACGACUUGCCAAGCCUGCAGAAGUCGUCGAAGAAUAUUGGUGUUUUCGUCGGUGUCAGUGGAUCGGAGUGGGGUACCGUGCCUCACAAAAUGGAUGCAGCGGGGUGCGGAAGUGCAGAGGCCAUCAUCUCGAAUCGUGUGAACUUCGCACUGAACCUCAAAGGAGCCAGUCAAACGAUCAACACCGCGUGCUCCUCCGGCCUGGUAGCGGCGGCCCAUGCGUCCGAGUCACCAACACGUGGCGUGCUCUUCCGACAAACGACAGCAUCGACAGCCAUGGCCGAUGAUGAGAAUCCCGAUGAUGGGCCUGGCCUUAUCAAGCUGGAUAUGAAGCAAUUUGGAUCUGGCACUAUGGAGGACCCUCUGCGCCACGCCGUUGGCAUGCGCACUGCGCAGGACCAGUACAAGAUGCAGAUGUGGAACAGCUUUCCGUCCCUCUUCCAGAACACCAUCUUCCAUGGUGAGCAGGAUGCGGAGAUCAAGCGGCUGCGCCAGUCCGGAUCUCUGGACGAGAAAUUGCAGCGAGCAAAGUUGCUAAAAGAGGAAGGCAACAAGCUGCUAAAGUCAUCCACCACAAGAAGGACCUCUGACGACGAAGCCAGGAAGGAAAAGGAAGCGGAGCAAGAGCUGGAGGAGCAACUGGAAGCACAAAUCUGGGAGAAAGAAAAGGAGCUCAAGGACUUGCGGCAGCAACUUGCAGCACUGAGGGCAAGAGCUGAGCGCACUGCGCCCAAGGAGGCCGAGGAAGUCGAAGAAGAUGAUGAGCAAGAGCAGAAAAGCUUGGAUGCUGCUGUGCGCUCGUAUGAGAAAGCAGCCGGAUUACUCAGAUAUGUCGAGUGCCUUCGGCAAGACUGGAAGAACGAUGACGGCUCUUACAAGGGCAUCGAGGACGACUUCCUCCGCGUGGAGGAGACGGCCUUGGACUCGGCAGAGGCCUCCGAGCUGGUGCAGUCCUGCUAUUUGAACAUCGCGCUGGCCUGUCAAAAGCUUCGAAAGUUCGACGACAUGAAGCGAGCGUGCGACGAAGUCUUGGAGAAGGUGAACCCCGACAGCGUCAAGGCCUUGUACCGGCGUGCGCAGGCACGCCUGGCACCAAUCUCGGCCAAGGAUACAGAUCGUGAGGCUGCCAUCCAGGAUUUGAUGGCGGCUGCACGGCUGGCCCCCAAUGACAAGGAGGUGCGGAAUAUGCUGACCAAGCUUCGGAAAGAGAAGAAAAAACAGGAAAUGGAAGACAAGAGCACGUUCGGAGGCCUCUUCCAGCGCGGGGAGGUGGUCAAGAACGAUUACAAGUCGGAGCCUCCACCAGCUGCUCCAGCUAAAUGGGAUCUGAACGAUCCGAAGGCAACGCACACUGGAAAGGUGCACCUGAAGUACAAGGACUUCGAUCCCCUGGACGGCACGAUUUGUUGUGGAACGCAGCUAGCUUAUGGUCCAUUCGGCUUCGUGGGCUGCUGCAGUGGUGGCAUGCUCUCCUUCAAGGGCCGAUGCUUCACGUACGAUGUUUCAGCGGAUGGGUACUUGCGGGGUGAGGGCGUGUCCAGCAUUUUCUUGGAGCUCAAGGAGUUUGGUCGGGAG